AUGCAAAUGGCAGGAGGUAAACCAAAACCUACUACUAGUAGUGGUAGUAAUGCCAAUGUAAAGAUAAAGAAUAAAGAGAAUCAAGGAAAGAAUGAUAAACAAAACAAAUACUUGAAUCAAAAGAAAAAGGAAUCAAAGACUGGCAACCUCAAGUACUUGCCCAACAAAAAGGACGAUAAAAAGGACAAGCCUGUAGCACCGGGCAGCACAUUGUUGCAAGGUACACAAGACCUCAAGGCACCCGAGAAGGGAUGGAGUGUGCACAGCUCAUUCUUUAACCAAGAUUUCCUCAAGGGCAAGGCUGCCGACAAACACAGUCAAUUCGAAUCGAGUGCCAACAAGUUUAACUUUAACAUUGACGAUCAUAGCGACGGCGACGACAACCAAGAGUUGGACGACAACUAUGACACUAAUCUCUUUGCCGACGUCGGCGGGUUCAACCUGCAAGACGACGAGGGUAUGUUGGACGACGACGACUUUGAUUUGUUGGACUAUGACGACGAAGCAUUGGAGGAUCACGAAGGUGAGGCUCGUGAAGCCAAGGCUAUCGCCGAAGAGGGUGGUGUGUUCUUUGAAGACCAGUACUCCUUGUCGGUGGAGGAAAAGAUGCAAGAGCGUAAGAAAAAGAUCGACCAGUCGUUCAAGACAAAGGACGACGACUUGCUCAAGAGUUUCCCAUCAAUUGGCAGGGAAGAUGAGGACGGCAAGACCGUGUCGAUGGACAACGACGACGAGAUGGACGAGGACGCCAAAAAGGUUGCGCGUCUCACCGAUAUUCAAGACGAGCGCAAGAAGAAGAUGGGUGGGUUCCAGGGUAUGGACCUGCACAAGUUCCUCUUCAAGGCCGUCAUGAAAAAGGGGUUCAAGCAACCCACCCCUAUUCAAAGACUCACCAUCCCACUCAUCCUCGAAGGUCAAGAUGUCGUUGGUAUGGCACGUACCGGUUCCGGUAAGACUGCCGCUUUCGUCAUUCCAAUGAUUCAAAAGCUCGCACAACAUUCUCACAAGGUUGGUGCACGUGCCAUCAUCCUCUCGCCCACUCGUGAACUUGCUCUCCAGACAUACCGUGUCGUCAAGGAAUUGUCGAGUGGAUCUGAUCUCAGAUCGUGCGUCAUUGUCGGUGGUGACAAUAUGGCCGACCAGUUUACAGAGCUCGCUAGAAACCCCGAUAUCAUCAUUGCCACUCCAGGUCGUCUUGUCCAUCAUCUCACCGAAGUCAACAUGGGUCUCCACACUGUCCAAUACAUUGUAUUCGAUGAAGCUGAUCGUCUCUUUGAAAUGGGUUUUGCCGAUCAAUUGCAAGAAAUCAUUACCAAACUUUCCCCAUCCCGUCAAACCCUUCUCUUUUCUGCUACCCUUCCAUCCAUGCUCGCUGAAUUUGUUCGUGCAGGUUUAUCUAAUCCUAAAUUAGUUAGAUUAAAUACUGAUACCAAAAUUUCUGAUCAAUUAUCUUUAUCAUUCUUUACAUGUAGACAUGAUGAAAAAUUUGCAGCAUUACUUUAUUUAUUAAAAGAUAUUAUUAAAGAUGAUGAACCAACGAUUGUAUUUACAGCCACAAAAUUCCAUGUCGAAUAUUUACAUAUACUUUUGGAUCAAGCUCGUAUUGCCAAUACGUUUAUUCACGGUCAGAUGGAUCCAGUUGCUAGAAAGAUCAAUCUUGCCAAGUUCCGUUCCAAGGUGGUCAAUGUCAUGGUGGUAACCGAUCUUGCCGCUCGUGGUAUCGAUAUCCCCAUGUUGGACAAUGUCAUUAAUUUCGACUUUGCACCCAAGGAAAAGAUCUUUAUUCACAGAGUUGGUCGUGUUGCUAGAGCUGGUCGUAAGGGUACUGCCUACUCACUCGUCUCUCCAGACGAAAUACCAUACAUGUUGGAUCUCCAUCUCUACAUUGCCAAGAAACUCACAAACAAAUUGUUGCCAGGUCAAACUGUCGAAGAUUUGGAAUACUCUUUCUAUGGAAAUAUCCCUCAACAAAUUAUUGAUCGUGAAAAUGAAUUUGUUGCUAUUAAAGCUAAAGAAUGUGUUGAAUUGUUAUCAUUAAAAAGAACUAUAUUUAAUGCACAUGGAAAAUAUGUUAGAACUAGACCAGGAGCAUCACAUGAAUCAAAUAAGCGUGCCAAGGGAUUGGACAAGUCACAGUACCAUCCAUUGAUGUACAAUUUUAUCAAUUCCAACGAAGCUGUCCGUAACGACUUUGUACAGUCACUCAAAGCAUUCCGUCCAAACCAAACCGUCUUUGAAAUGACCGGUAAAAAGAGCUCUGCCGCUGAUAUCAUGCAGACAAAGAGAGAGUUCCACUCGACGGUCAUUGGCCAACAACACCGUCGUACACAGGCUGAAAUCGAAGAGUACAAGAAACAAGAUCAAUUAAAUAGAAACAGCGAAGAUGGUGAAGAAGCUGCUAGUACCAAAAAGAACAGCAAGAGAAAGAGAGACAAAAACGAAGACGAUGAAGGAUUUUUACAAGAGUUGGAACAAAACACUAAACAAGCGGCCGAAGAGGAGAAUGGUAAAAAGAAACAAAAGGGUCAUAUUAUCGACGAAAACGAACAAGAGGAAGGUGACGACCAAGUUAAAUACAAGAUUACAAUUGAUGAUUCAGAGUCAAAGGCUGCAGAAUUGAAAAAUAGCAAGAAAAAGACUAGAUCAUCGACCAAGGACGAAGCAUUCUUUAUGUCAUCGACACCAUCCAACUACUAUCAAGAACGUGCACUUGCCAUCACUGACAAGUUUACACGUGACGAUGAAGUCAAUAUGGGUACCGACGAUGGACAAAACAAAACACCUGGAGGGUCGUCUGGCAAAAAGUGGGACAGAAAGAAAAAGAAGUUUGUCAGUGUACAAGCCGACGCCGACAGAGAAAAGGAACGCAAGAAAUGGGUCAGAAACGAAGCUGGUGUACUUGUCGACACAUCGAAAAACAAAAAGAACUUAUACGAGGAAUGGAAGAAGAAGACCAACUCGAGAAUUCAACGUACCGGAGAAGAAGAAAACGCUAGAUUCAUGCCUGCCAAACCAACCUAUGUCCCCGUCAAAUGGAGAGGUAACAAACAACAAGCAGCCGAAGGUGAAGAUGGUAAAAAGAAAAAUAUUCGUACUGGUAUCAAAGAUAUCGAUGAUGUCAGAAAGGAACGUGAUAGAAGAGAUCAUCAUAGCAAGAUUAAACAUACUUCUGCCACUAAAAACAAAUUCAACAAAGGUAAAGGUGGUAAAGGUGGUAAAAAGAGAAAAUAA